AUUCCUUUCUUCUUCGAAAUCGACCAGCCAUCAAUUUCACACUCUCGAUCUCUUCUUCUCCGUCGAACAUCAUAAAUCUCUCUUGAUCUUGAUCAAUUUCCCACUCUAAAUUUCGAAUUUAGAGUACAGGGUUUUGAUUUGAUUUAAUCAAUUCAGAAGCUGUAACCCUAAAUUGGAAAUUGGGUGAAUAGAUUUAAUCAAUUCAGAAGUAUCCUCCACAAAUACUUCCAGAUUGGGUUUCUUCACUUCAGGUAACGUUUGUCAGUUGGUAUUUUUGUGCACAAACCCUAUAUUCGAACGCGAACUCCGUUCUUUGUACACAACUGUAUUCUCCGCCUUCCACACCCUAAAAACACAUCAUUACAUCAAACUCUGAAGUUAGAAAUUGGGUGUAGACUGAAUUUGUUGAAAUGAUAGGAUUGAAUUGAAUGAAUUGGUUGAAAUUAGACAUUGGGUGUGGAUUGGAUUAAAUUUGUUGAAUGACAGGAUUGAAUUGGUUGGAUUGAAUGAAUUGGUUGAAAUCAUAGGAUUGGAUUGAAUGAAUUUAAGUUUGUGAACUCUCCUGUUUGUGUAACUGUCCAAGUGUAUCAUUGUGCUACUGCAUUUGCAUCUUCUAUUACCAUUGUGGAUGGAUUUAUCAAGUUCUCAUCCACGUCGAAGUCCGAGACUUACUGAUCUAGCUCGAGUUCGAGACCUAACGGAGACUGAUACUGAAACAGAAAGGCGCCUGCGUCGUGCUCAAUAUAGGGCAAAACAGGAUUCAGUUACCCGAAGGCGAAAGAGAAGAGCGCAACGAGCGACGUCGUGCUGCUUAUUGUGCAAGAAUUAGUGCAGCAAAUCGCGAACCAGAUGAGCGGGAAACCAGUUCAAGUGUACAGGUUUGUAAGUCAGCUGGGGAGCAUAAAGCAGAAUCAAGUUGCAUUCUUCGCCGAAGCCCGAGAAUUCAGCUGCAACAGAGAGCACUUCAGUUAGAGAAACGCUGUAUUGCAAUGGAAGAAAGACGAAGUUCAAUGAGUGAAAGUGACAAACAGCAGAUCCUUGAACAACGGCGUAGAGCUUAUCAAAUGCGAAGAACAACAAAGGAUGAUGCUACUAAUAAUGAGCACAGACCGGGACCAAGUAAUGCAAUGGGAUAUAUGAUGUCCACCUUAACGUCCGAUUUUUCCCGGCAAGUUCACCCUCAAGAUGAGCAAGAGGAUCACGCCACAGAAGCAUCUCGAAAGGGAAAAUCAGUUGCACUCGAUAACCAGAAACACCCGCGAGCAAACAGAUACAUUCCUGGCUGGAACACGUUGGGAAGCAUAGUUAUUGGUUCAAUAGAUGGAGAUGGAACCAAUACAAUGUGCAACGUUAUGGAGCAAGGCAUUCUCCGCCGAAGCCCCAGAUUUAUCGAGCAAGUUCAGUGUCUCGAGGAGCACGCAUCAGAGGAAUCUCGGAAGAGAAAGGGAAAGUCAAUUGUUCAAUAUAACAAGGCACCGAAACAGCACCGAGCAAACAUCUGUGUUCCAGGUAGAAACAUGUCGAAAAGCAUAGUCAUUGGUCCAAGAGAUGGAGAGAAUAACAACCGUGAUCCAAUGGAUUAUGAAAUCAGCAGUGAUGAUGGGGAUCACCACGAGAUAGGUACAAGUGAUGAUGACGUUGCGGUAGAUGAUGAAAAUCAAGUUAGCAGGUCUGUCCGACUACGUGACCAUGAAGCCGGAACGAGUACAACCAGCAACGCUACUGAGGUAUUCAUUCUCCGCCGAAGCCCCAGACUUCACGAGCAACCUCAACGUCCAAAAUCUACAUUAUAAAAAGAAGUGGUGUCUGUCUAGCCUGUUGAAUCCGACCCUUGAUUUCGUCAUCCCACGGCGCGGAUUUAAAGUUGGGCGAGGGAUAUUUUCGAGCGUCCGAACAGGAGACAAGACAUUCCUAAUACAACUCGGUCUCUUAAAAAACACGAACAUCCUUUAUUACAGAAGAAAUCCGAAUUUAACUGGAUUUCCUAAUCCGUAUCUUUGUGUAACCUCUGUAUAAGAAGCCUUCGCCAUGGUUACAACAGAAGCGUAGCUUUGCUUUUUAAUAGACCCUUUUCUUCUUCGCCAUGUCUGUUUUUUUUUUUUUUAUGUUCCUACUUGAUUCUCUGAUGCAGUUCCUGAAUUGGUAUGUUGAAUUUUACAGGUUUUCUGUCAAAAGUAGAAUGAGCUGCAGCUUUGCAGGGUUGUUGCAGCGAAGCAAUUAGGUAUUAAAAUUUAUUAUUUUCUUUUAUCAGAAUUAUGAUUAAUUGCAUGGAGUUUGAUUUUGAAUAUUUGAACAAAAUCAAUUACUUAUUUGGGCAUCUGUGUCCGUGUAUCAGAUGUCCAGUGUUUUGGUGUUCGAAUUGUCAAAAUAUUUCAAUUAAUUGAAUUACGGUUUGUUGAAAUUUGUUUCCGUUAAUAUUUAUGUUCCCAAAGGUUAAUACUAUCUAAGUCUUCUUCUUUGUUUUUUCUUUCCGUUUCUUUGUUGGCCAAAUACGAUAUGCAUAAAUUUGAUUGUUUUGUUGAGGUUUCAGAUUGGAGUAAUUAGGGUUUUUUUUACUCACUCAAUGGUGAAAAUUUUCAGGGAUUGUUGAAAGUUAUUGUUUUGCUUGACAACACAGGUAAAUUCCUAUUGUUCAUCUUACUUUUGCUCUUUGUUGUUAAGUAUAAAUUCUUUGGUAAGCCCAACACCAGGAAUGAUGAAUCUAAUUCCAUCUUUUUGGUAAGAUGUUCUCUGUUUUAUUUUGAUUUCUUUGAUUUCUGAGUUUCUUUAAUUUCUCCCAUGUUCUUAUGAUUCCAUUUUUUUGGGAUUUUUUAGGUGAGAUUUUUUCAACAUUAGCAGGUAUAGUUAGGGUUUUCAAGAUUAUGUUUAUUGUAAUAUUCUUUGCAGAAAAUUGGUUAUUUUGAUUAUUGUAGGUGCUUGCUGUUUAGUCGAGAGAAAACAAUAUAUGGGUUCAUUCAGUAUCAUAGGUAGUGGUUUUGGCGGUAGAUCAGACGCUCACGCUCUUCAUGAUGCCUCCAUUCAGGUGUCUAGGGGGAUGUUAGUAAGACAUGUAGCCGAUAGAUAUGUCCAUCUUCUAUGAGCUUAUUCUUCCGGCAUGUAUGCAUUUACAUUGGGCAUUUAGCAAGAUAGAUAUUUAAUUUCAAAGCUUAUAGAGGUUUGUUGAUUGCAUCUUUAGCUUAGGUCUUGAAUUUUACUACACAAGAUUGAAAUAGAAAGGAACUAGAUUGUAGUUGUAAACUUAAUAGUACUUAGUAUUCUGUACAUGAUUAGCUGUUGUUUUAACAUCUGUAAAUAUGUGGAUUUCAUGACUGUAGGAUUCAGCUCAGGAUUCUAGAUAAUCGUUGCGAUCGUAUUUCGUAUGGAUGGGCUCUCUUUCUUCCCUAAAUCUAACCGUGUGAGCUUGGAAGAGCUGAAACUUUGUACCGAUCUUAUGCUUAUACGAGGUAUACAAUUCCUUCUUUUUCUUUCUGAAAACUAAUGCUUAAUGUUCUGAAAUUGUCUAUAUAUAUGUGUCCAUGGUUCCGGCAAGAAAAAAUCAUUCCUAAUCUGCACAAAAUGUAAGCAGCAUGUAGUUAACAAGAACAAGUCACAAAUAAAACUGCAACGGUGGAUUAUUUUUUUUUACUAUGUUUGGAGUUUCGCAAGGAUUAUUAUUAUUUAUUUAUUUUUGAAGCAUUUCGCAAAAAUAGCCUUGCGUCCUAUAUGCAGUUUCUUAAUGUUCUUUUUUUUUUAUUGGUUAAGCUUAAUAUUCAUGUCAUAGAAAUUCUUAAGUUAAUGUUCACAUCUCUAUUUGAUAUUGUUUAGACCUCGAAAUCCUUGCAUCAGCUACCCUAUAUAUCUUUGACUGCUAAUAAGUAUUGGUUGGUUCCUAAUGCAUGCUUAUUUCUCUCACAUCUUUUCCGUGCUUUGGAUAAGCUUGGUGCUUCAUAUAUAGUUUGGUUUGCCUAAGAUCCAUCUGGAUUGAUGACAUACUGUUCUUACAAGGAACUUGAUAGGUUUCUCGCGGAAGUUUACCGUUGGAAAAUGUGCACUCAAUGUUUCAUUCCAUGACAGAGUCCGCGAGAUCAAUCGUCGCUUUUAUUUGUGGUACGUACUGCCUUACCCUCUAAGUGAUUGUUUAAUCUGUUAAAUAGUGUUGCACAGUAAAGGGCGGUGUUCGCAAAAGGAAGAACAGUAUUUGGCAAUUCUACAAGCGAAACCAAAAGCUAGAUUUCAGAACGGUGUUUUCUUUCUUUAAUGUUCAUGUUCAUAUCCUCUAGGAUCAUCCUUGAGGUUUCCAGAAAUCUGAAAUGUGUCAACAUUAUAGUAAGAGAAUUAUGCUCUGAAACAUUUGACAACUCAACAAGAGGAGCAAGAUUAGAAGAAGAAGAAACGGUUGGUGAGAAUAGGAGGAUAAGCAUCACGGAAAGAUUUUUUUUUCAGGUUGAUGAGCAACAUUAUUCAUCGUCAGUUUGAUAAUUUUCAUAUACGACAGUACGACGAUAGAAGUACUGGUUUGAAUUUAUUAGGUUUUGUGUAAGUUUUGGUUUCAGCUUGCCUAAUUGUGUUCAAACUCCCUUGAGUACGUAACAAAAGAUAGAAGUCCGUAGUGAUAAAGUUUUGUGUCGCAUUAACUUUUUUUUUUUUUUUUUUUUUUUUGGGGAUCUGGGAUCUUCUCGGAAUGAAACGGAGUCUAUUCAUCCAACUCCAAGAAGACCAAUUGUUUCAGAUUUUACACCAUGAAGGGUUUCGUUUUUGUUAUGUUGAAGCGAGACUGGAUAAUGCAGGUAAGAGCUGAAACCAUGUACCAUCGUUAUUGGUAUUUCUUUUCCACAUUUAGUAUAUUAUUUUAGCAAUGUAUGAAAAUGUCAUUAGACUACCUGAGGUCAAACACGUAUCGAAAGGAAACUCUUGGAAAUUACAAAGUCCAAGAACUUGGUUACAUUCGAGGCUAAAGUACACCCAUUGACGGAGACUCGGUAUCAAGUGAUAGUGUUGUGUAAACUUCCUCAAUCAGUUUGUAGGAAACUCAUAAGAAAACUUCAGCAAUCUUGGUAUUUUAUCUAAUCUGAGGGUGUGGGUUGAGUGGGAACGAUCAAUGAGGCAAUUCUUAUGCUUUCUAGAAAACUACCAUAUUCUAAAAGUUGAUUCGCCAUACUUCGAUGUUUGUGUUGCCAACAUCCCUUAUCAAAUCUCUUCUCAAUUUAAAGUUACUGGCGCAUAUACCUUAUUUUAGGUAUGCGCGCAAUUGUUACGUUUCAAAGAGAAUUUAUAAUGAGAAAUUGAGAUUGACAGCA